CAGCAAGAUGGCACAAUGCCGGCCCCUUUACGUUUUUCUGCAACUUUUGGCCAUAGUCUCAGUGCAAAAUGUAUUUUGUGAGAACGAGAAACCCUACAACGUGGAGCUCAACUCCUUUGAACGCGACCAGUCCAUCGAUAAUCAGGAUAAAUGGGUGGACUGGGGCAACCUGAGGAUGAAGAAGAUUGGCAGGAAUAAAUUUGCGGUGGCCGGGGACUUUGAAUUCAAGUUUAAUAUGGGAGAUGAACAAAAGAUCUCCCUGCGAGUCUUUGUCUACGAUUCAAAAGCCAGCCAAAAGGGUCCUUUGGUGAUGAAUGUGAACAAGCCCUACUGUCAGUUCAUCAACGAGGACAAGGACACGUAUCCCUACCUGCAGAAGGUCUCCAAUAUGCCCGAGCAGGGCAAGUGUCCCUUUCCCAAGGGCAAAUACAAGAUCGAUAAUUACGAGAUGGAGACCAACUUUUUGCCGGACAAUGCUCCCAAGGGUGACUAUAUACUGGAGUUAUCCCUGCAGGAUCAUGAGAUACCAGUGGCAGGACUAGUGGCCGUGGUCACACUGACCUAAGUCUUAGGUUUUUUUGCCUCCCUUCUCUUUUUUUUUUUAGUUAGUUUAAUUUUUUUAUACAUAUAUAUUUUUUUUAACAUUUUGUUAAUUUGUGGUUUUCGAUUUUCCGGGUGGAUCCAUUUGACACGACAAGCGUUCACAUAUUCUAUCUAUGUAUUUAUCCAAGGUUGAUUAAUAUAACGAAAUUCGCUUUCAAAGACAAA